AUGGGGACUCCUGGGUCUGGAAGGAAAAGAACUCCUGUGAAAGACCGUUUUUCUGCUGAAGACGAAGCUCUGAGUCACAUUGCCAGAGAGGCAGAAGCAAGACUAGCAGCAAAACGUGCUGCUCGAGCAGAAGCAAGAGAUAUACGUAUGAGAGAACUGGAACGGCAACAAAAAGAGCACUCUCAUCAUUCCUAUGAUCGAAAAUGGGGACAGAUUCAGAAGUGGCUGGAAGAUUCGGAAAGGGCCAGGUAUUCCCACCGGUCCAGUCAUCAUCGUCCUUAUCUGGCAGUUGAGGAUGCAAUGCCCAUUCGAAGUCUUGGCAGUCACAGGUUUGAUGCUGUCAAGGAUAGAUCCUCAAGACUUUCAUCAUUAAGUCAUUCACUUAGUCACUCUUAUGGAAUGAAGAAAAGAUCUUCAGGUUCUCAUAAAGAUCCUCUGAGUGGCCUCUACUUUGACCAGAGAAACUAUAGCAGUCUUAGACAUAGCAAACCCACCUCUGCCUACUCUACUCGGUGCUCUUCUCUGUACAGUGACCCUCUGGCAACUUCUAAGAGUAACAGGGCCUCCCCUACUGCACAUUCUGGUCUGCCAAGAAGUGCCAGUCUGGCAUCAUUGUACCACGGUGGAUUAUAUAACCCUUAUGGUUCUCGAACUCCAUCUGAAUACAGUUAUUAUUCAUCAAGAACAAGUUCAGCCCGAAGCAGUCCUGUGUUUACAGAUGAUGACACACAGAGCAUUGCGUCUUCAGGUCGUGCCAGUUAUGGGCGAAGAGAGAGUGUGGUUUCUGCUGCUGACUGUUUUAGUCGUUCCAAUCGUAGGGGGAGCGUUGUCUCUGAUGCGGAUGACGUCAGUAUCCCAGAUUUGACCAGUUUGGAUGAAAAAUCUGACAAACAGUAUGCUGAAACUUACACAAGGCCUUCAUCUCGAAAUUCUGCCUCAGCAACAACCCCUCUAAGUGGGAACUCAUCCAGACGAGGAAGUGGGGACACCAGCAGCUUCCUAGACCCAGACACUUCAUUAAGUGAAUUGCGGGAUAUCUAUGACCUUAAGGACCAGAUACAGGAUGUAGAAGGGAGAUACAUGCAGGGGCUUAAAGAACUAAAGGAAUCUCUGUCUGAAGUGGAAGAAAAGUACAAGAAAGCCAUGGUCUCCAAUGCACAGUUAGAUAAUGAGAAGAACAAUCUGAUCUACCAGGUGGAUACCCUCAAGGAUGUUAUUGAAGAACAAGAGGAACAGAUGGCAGAAUUUUAUAGAGAAAAUGAAGAAAAGUCUAAGGAGUUAGAAAGGCAGAAACAUAUGUGCAGUGUGCUACAGCAUAAGAUGGAUGAACUUAAAGAAGGAAUUCGGCAAAGAGAUGAGCUUAUUGAGGAGAAUCAGCGCAUGCAGCAGAAAUUAGACACCAUGACAAAAGAGGUGUUUGAACUCCAAGAGUCACUUCUUUGGAAAGAUAAAAAAAUUGGGGCCCUAGAGAAACAGAAAGAAUACAUUACCUGCCUUAGGAAUGAGCGAGAUACGCUCAGAGAGGAGUUGGCUGACCUGAAGGAGACAGUGGAGACAGAAGAGAAACAUGGCUUAGUUAUAAUCCCCAAUGGCACUCCCAAUGGUGAUGUCAACCAUGAACCAGUAGUUGGAGCCAUAACUGUUGUGUCUCAGGAAGCUGCUCAGGUCUUGGAGUCAGCUGGAGAAGGGCCGCUCGAUGUAAGGCUACGAAAACUUGCUGGAGAAAAGGAAGAACUACUAUCACAGAUUAGAAAACUGAAGCUGCAGUUGGAGGAAGAAAGACAGAAGUGCUCCAGGAAUGAUGGCACAGUGGGUGACCUGGCUGGACUCCAGAAUGGCUCUGAUUUGCAGUUCAUUGAAAUGCAGAGAGAUGCCAAUAGACAAAUUAGUGAUUACAAAUUUAAGCUUUCAAAAGCUGAACAGGAUAUAACCACCUUGGAGCAAAGCAUUGGUCGACUUGAGGGACAAGUGUUGAGAUAUAAAACUGCUGCUGAGAAUGCUGAGAAAGUUGAAGAUGAACUAAAAGCAGAAAAGAGGAAGCUACAACGAGAGUUACGGACAGCACUGGACAAGAUUGAGGAGAUGGAGAUGACCAACAACCACCUGGCCAAGCGGCUGGAAAAGAUGAAGGCCAAUAGAACAGCACUUCUGGCCCAGCAGUAGGGAAGCUGCCAUUUGACCUGGGUGCUGCUCCUUGGGGCCCUGCCCACAGAGAUUGACUUUUUGUCCAUUAACACAAACCCCUUUUCAGUACUGUUUGAAUUUUGUCAUCAGUAUAAGCCACCUUUGUAUUUUAUAAUUUAUGAGAAAAUGAAACAGGUUUGAAUCUUCAUGAAUGAACACUCGGGUUUUUUGGUUUGUUGUUUGAUUCUAGAGUAAGAACUGGUCCAUGCAGUUUUUAAUUUUUGGAUAAUUUUAGAAUCAAGUUUACUCACCAUCUCCCCUUUGCUGCCUCAGUGACUGGGCACCAGGUCUCUGCAUGGUUCUGGAGGACAGCCGUUCUGAGUGCUCACUGGGACACUUGUUGGAGACGUCAGGAAACACAAGUGCCUUCUCCACGAUGCUGUUCAGACAUCAGUGAUCACCAGUGGACAAAAGACGUUUACCCUUAUUACCAGACAGCAUUUAUGUUUAAGUGAGGAAACAAGUUCAUGGGUGUGGAGUUUAUCUUUCACUCCAAUUUAUAUGUUUGGAGGAAAAAGCCUUUGUUUUGUAAAAUAUUUAAAUUUAUAUAAGAAAAUGUUAGAAAAAAAGAUACGGGGAGUGUAUAUAAAACUUGCUUUAUUGCAUGGGGUAGGGAAAGUCCAAGGCCUAAUACUCUUAAAGGAAGAGUAGGGUUCUUCAAUAUAAACUGUGCUGUACUUUAUCAAAUAUUCCAUUUGCUGCUUAUUUGUGGACAUAAUGAAACCUCAGACAAACCCUAUGAGGGAGGGUGGAAUAGGGCAGGGCAGGCAGAUAUAAAAUCUGCCUCAAUAUUCUAUUAAACACAUCCUUCUGC